AUGGCCUCUCUCACAGAAGAGGAGAGGGCCAUCGAUCCGUAUCGCGUGCUCGGCAUCGAAGUCACGGCGACGGAGCAGCAAGUUAAGAAGGCGUACAGGAAACGGUCGCUGAAAUGCCAUCCGGACAAGAACCCUACGCCUGAAGCGGCGCAGGAGUUCCACCGCAUCUCUAUUGCCCUGGCCAUUUUGACGGACCCUGGUAAGCGCGCGUUUCUCGACAAGAAACUGGAGCAGACGCGUGCGGCUGAGGCGCGCCGCGCUGAAAUGGAUGCUAAGCGCAAGGAUCUGUUGCGUCGAGAAGAGGAGGCCAAGAGGGCCCGCACAGCCGCGCAAGAUGCGAUCCGACAGAAGGCCAAGGAAGAGGAGAUCCGGGAAGCUGGCAAACGGUUGCUCGAAGAACGAAGAGCACAAGCUGCCGCAAUGCGCGCGAAUACGGCCCACACAUCACACCCGCCCGCGGCGUCCGCGAAGCACCUCGCACCGCCACCGAUCAGCCCGGAGGAUUUGACUAUUCUACUCGUGGUAUCGGCGCCUCCGCCGAACGCGGAAGAGCUGAGAAAGCAGCUCGGGACGAAAUAUGGCAAGAUCGCAGAUGUUUUCGUCUCAGCGCCGAAGGAAGGGAAGAAGAAGGUGCGAGCUGUCGUUGAGUUUGCGCCAGGCAAUUGGGGAGGGUGCUGGUCUUGCCUGAGGGAUGCUGGUGGAAUCAAAGGGGCAAAGGCCAAGUGGGUUGGCGCGGAGCCGGCGUGGGUCAAGUGGGCUGCGGCGCAAGACGGUACGAACAGCCUAUCACCCCCUACGGGCGACCGUACGCAUGCUCCGUCACCACCUUCGCACACCGGCACUCCUGCCGCUGCACCUUCAACAAGGUUUGGAUCCGGUGCGUUCGGAUCAGCACCUGACCACUUUGCGUCAGUAACGAUGUUUCCCGAUAUCGCGGAUCUUACCGCGUCCCAUCGUCAGCGGGCGCAGGACGAGCGCACUGCACAUGCCGAACUCGCCUCCGCUCAAGAGUCGGCGACGCUGCUCCGGAUGCGUCAGCGUGAAAAGGAACGGCAAGAUAUGGAGAGGCGCAUUAGGCAGGAGGAGGGAGACGAGUAG